AGUACCUUUUGAAACAAAACUAACCCGGGUGUUUCUUUUCAAAGUUUCAAAAAUUUCAUCAUCAUCUCUCUCGUGUCAAAAGAAAAUCUCAACUAAAUUACCAUUUCUGCCAUUUUCAUCGACUCCAAAGCUUAAAUCUCCGAUUCUGUACUCCGAUUGCCGGCUCUGUACUUGUAUAGUCUCGGCCACUGACUCACUGUACUGCCGGCAACUUUUUUGAAAUUUUGAGUGAUUUUUUAGAAGAUGAAUGUGGUCGGGCGACAGAUGUCAAGAUCCAAUUCGUCAGUUCACCACCAGCGUCAGUACUCCGAUAACUUAAUUGAUAGUAGCAGAUGGCUUCAGUCGUCUUCUCAGGACUUCGGAUACGGUUCGAGGAUGAACCGGAACAUGAUGUCAAUGGACGCGUCAACUUCUUCGGUUAGUUCGCGAUCGUCGAGUUUAAGGAAGAAUGGUGAUGAUUACGUGUCACCUGGUGAACUUAGCCCUGGCUUGCUUGAUCUUCAUUCGUUUGAUACUGAACUUUUAUCAGAGGUGUCUGUUCCUAAUGUUUAUGAAGGAUUCUCGCAUAAUCAUCAACCUGGUCGUGGUAAAAGUUUUGAUGAUUGUGAACCUUUUAUAGCAGCAAACAAAUCAAUAAACAGACCGCGAGGUUUGCCUGAGAAUAACCUUCUUAAAAGUUUCUCAGGAGACAAGGAAAGAGCCAACAAUGUUGCCAAGAUCAAAGUUGUGGUACGCAAGAGGCCAUUAAACAAAAAGGAAAUGACAAAGAAAGAGCAAGACAUAAUUACCAUAGAGCCAAAUUCUAAUUUUCUCACAGUUCAUGAAACGAAACUCAAAGUUGACUUGACAGAAUACAUGGAGAAACAUGAAUUUGUUUUUGAUGCGGUGCUGAAUGAAGGUGUAUCAAAUGACGAAGUGUACUCUGAGACUGUGGAGCCUGUAGUUCCUCUUAUAUUCCAUAAAACGAAAGCAACAUGCUUUGCAUAUGGACAAACAGGCAAUGGAAAGACUUACACCAUGCAACCACUGCCAAUCAAAGCAUCCCAAGACAUAUUAAGUCUAAUGCGCCACACAUACAGGAACCAAGGUUUCCAACUGCUUGUCAGCUUUUUUGAGAUAUACGGAGGAAAGCUUUUUGAUCUUCUCAAUGAUCGGAAAAAACUUUGCAUGAGGGAGGAUGGUAAACAACAAGUAUGCAUUGUGGGUUUGCAGGAAUACCGUGUAUCAGAUGUUGAGGUAAUCAGGGAGUUCAUUGAGAAAGGAAAUGCAGCUAGAAGCACUGGUACAACGGGUGCAAAUGAGGAAUCCUCUCGAUCGCAUGCUAUACUUCAGCUUUCCAUCAAGAGAUCAGUUGAUGGCGCAGAAUCAAAGCCUCCCCGACCUGUAGGAAAGUUGUCUUUCAUAGAUUUGGCUGGAAGUGAGCGUGGUGCCGAUACUACCGAUAAUGAUAAACAGACAAGAAUGGAAGGUGCUGAAAUAAAUAAGAGCUUACUGGCUUUGAAAGAGUGCAUUAGAGCUCUUGACAGUGAUCAAGGUCACAUUCCCUUCAGAGGAAGCAAGCUGACAGAGGUUUUAAGAGAUUCAUUUGUUGGCGACUCUCGCACUGUUAUGAUAUCAUGUAUUUCUCCAAGCUCAGGAUCAUGUGAACAUACACUCAAUACAUUAAGAUAUGCUGAUAGGGUGAAAAGUCUUUCAAAAGGAAACAACUCUAAAAGGGAUCCAGCGUCUUCGUCUUCUCCAAACCUUAGAGAUUUGAAUGCAUUGCCUUCAGUAUUACCUAAUGAAGCAACCUUUGACAAUAACGUACCUGAUGUUCCUAAUGCAAGGAACAGGUUUGGGUGGGCAAAACAGGUAGAAAGAGAAACAUCUCCCCCUUUUAUUUUGGAUCGCAUCCCAAGUGGCAGGGAAGAUGGGAAUUUGGCGGAUUCUGUCUUUUCAGAUCAUUACAAGCGCCAAAUUAGUCAAGUCGGCAUUACUAAGGAUGAUUUUGAUUACACUGGUGAAAAGUAUGAACAAGAGAGGUUACCUUGGAUGAAUAAUAAGCAACCUGCUGUUCCAAUAAAGCGAAGAGAAGUUGCGGACAUGAAGGCAAACGAUUCCCGAUUAGAUGAUAAUCUUAAUGCCCUGCUGAAGGAAGAAGAAGAUCUUGUGUCUGCCCACCGUAAACAAGUGGAAGAGAGUAUAGACAUGGUUAGGGAGGAGAUGAAUUUGCUCGAUGAAGCUGACCAACCAGGCAAUCAACUGGAUGAUUAUAUAUCCAAGCUGAAUGGUAUUCUUUCACAGAAGGCUGCAGGAAUUAUACAGCUACAGACUCGUUUGGCUCAAUUUCAAAGGCGUUUGAAUGAGCAUCAAGUUUUGGUAUCUUCCUAUGAUAACUGAUUGAUUGGAGAGUGUAUAAAGAUUAUAAGGCAUAAAUUUUAAAAGGCAUUUGAAGCGACGACUCAAGUUCCUCACAAAUAUGUGAUUUGGUUUUAGAUUAAAUCUUCAUUGAUACAGCUACUGGGUCAGUUUCACUUCAUUGGAACUCAACCGAAUCAUAAAGAACCAGUGCUUUUAGAGGUGGAUGAAAAUUGGGGGCUUUGAGGAGGUUUGCUUAUAUAUAUUACCUUAUCAAGUCAGUAGCUAUUCUGACUGGGAGUUUACAGAAACCUACAAUAUAAAUCCCUCUUUUUAUUGGCUUUUAUUUAUUGUAAAAUCUUUGUGGCAUAUAGUCUAUUUCAUGAAUAAUACGUUGUUUGGCUGCAUAAGUUACGACAUAAUUGAUGUUUGUUGUUGGCAAUAUACUUUACUGACUGUGAAAAGAUAUUAGUUUGGUUGCAUGUCAAUGUAAAAGCUCAUAAUUGAUGCGGGUUA